GGUUUUUCCACGGGAGAAAGUGAAGAAGUUGAACGGAAGAAGAAGCGGCGGCGGAGAGAAGACAGAGAAGUUCACCCGCAGAGUGACUCCAGCAGAAGUUGAUCUCGGAGUUGAAUGGACCUCCACCGCCCCUUCAAGAUGGACAGUCCCUCCUACCUUCCCGCGCCUCUGGCCUCCCCAGCUCUGAUGGUCCUGGCAUCCACGGCAGAAGCAGGACGGGACGCCUCUGUCCCCUGCCAGGCGCCCAGACCCUUUGGUGUCCCUGCUUCAGUGGAGAAAGACCUCCACCUCCCCUUCCCCUCCGCCUCCUACACGUUCACCUCCAUGUAUCAGCGCCAGGGUCCCAUCUCAGGCACCUUUCCGCCCAGAGACUUCCCGGCCUCUCUUCUCCACCUGCACCCUCAGUUCACCCCUCCAAACCUGGACUGCUCCCCUCUGGGAAUGCUCAGCCACAGCGGGGUCGGUGCUUUCCGACCUUUCACCUCUCCGCAGGAGGAGAGGGAGCCAGUGGGUUAUCACUCCGCGUUCACUCCGGCCAAGCGGUUGAAAAGUUGCUUCACAGAUGUGGAGGGGAAGGAGUUUGACUUUGGAUCCCCGGGAGGUUCCCUGAAAGCCGGCGAGGACUCCGGGAGGAAGCUGUUCUCCAUGUCGGGUCUUCUCGCAGACCGAGAAGCGUCUUCCAGUCCAGAGGAGCGGAAGGAUCACAGCAAAGUGAAGGGGCUGUACGACUCUCAAGCCCCAGUCUGCCCAGUGUGCCAGACCCUGCUGAGACCUGGAGAGCUGCAGGAGCACAUGGAUCAGGAGUUAAGCAAACUCAGCCAGCUACAAAUCAACAUCAACCCGGCGCCUCACGACCACCUCAUGAGGACCCCCAAGGCUCUUUCCCUAUCGCUGCACAUCAAACGUGAAGGAGCUUCUCCUGCUUCGCCGCUCCGGCCUGCGGACGACACGCACUCAGACAGAUACCAGACCUUCCUUCGUGUGCGAGCGAACAGACACACUCGACUGAACGUUGAUGACCUCUGCUGGUGCAGGUGCUACGUCAAAUCUGGCCCAUUACGUCCCCACAGCGCAGGAGCCCACCUAGACUGCACACAAGCUGUCAGAAUCAACAAACUGAGGAGGAGGAAACCAGAGGAUGGACAGGAGAGCGCUGCGGAGCUACUGCCUUUAGAGGACGAGUGGAACGAGAGGAGAAAGAUACAGAUGAUGUCUAUCGUGGGAGGCUUUAAAGGUUCGAUGCUGGUGAAUGCCACGUCUAAGGAGUGUCGGGACAGCGACGCAGACUUGGAUGUGGAUGGAGACGACACGCAGGAGUACGGCAGAGCACAAUACACAGAGACAGACGUGAUCCUGUGUUCAGGAGGAAGCCCCAAAGAGACUCCAGUCAACUGCAGCAUCAGCACGUCACCAGACUCUGGGGUGAAGCAGGAGUUCCCCAAGUGGUCCAGCGAGGGAAGUCCGUCGACCAGCAGUGGGGAGAAGCUGGAGGGCAGUUUAUCAGGGCUUCCAAAAACAUGUAAAAACACAGAGCUGGAGAUGCUCUCCGAGGAAUCCUCGCUGACGUCUCUUGAUGCUCUUAAAGCUCGGAUACGGGACUUAGAGAAGCAGUUGUCUAAAGGAGACAGAUUUAAAUGCCUCAUCUGCAUGGACACCUACACCACUCCCCUGACCUCCAUCCAGUGCUGGCAUGUUCACUGUGAAGAGUGUUGGCUCCGAACACUGGGAGCCAAGAAGUUGUGUCCGCAGUGCAACACCAUCACCUCACCCGGAGACCUGCGGCGGGUCUACCUGUGACCCGCAAGACCAGGUGCUUUUCCAUUUGCAGCCAAUCGGGGUGGACCUGCGAGCAGCUGGUCUGUCAUGACUCCACCCUCCUCCACCUCAGCGCGACCUGCUGUUCCACCAACCUCUACCCAGUGUGGCCCCCGACCUCCAAACGUCUCCACCUUAGAGCUCAGGCACCGAAAAACAACAAACUUUGGGAUGAUAUUUAUGUAAUUUGUAAUCUUUUUGUGGGGAAUAUAAUCUGAAGCGAAGCACAUGUACAUAUAUUUUGUGUAUGUUGACAUUGUUGAGUAAAAAAAACUGUACAGUCCUCGAUUCCUGAAACACGUCGUUGUCACUUAGCUUUUCUCCGUGUUCCAUCAAUAAAACGCAUC